AUGCGGUUCUUUGUGUCGGCGCUGGUCUCGUUCUUCGCGCUCGCGAACAAUGUCUUCGCAAAAUCCAGCACUGGAGACUCGGUGUUGGUCGUCAUCGACCCGUCGUUGAAGAAAGAGGACUAUUCCAAAUUCUUUGGGGGACUGGAGGAGAGAGGAUACCAACUCACAUUCCGAGGGCCUAGGGAUGCACAUCCGCCUAUAGAACAGUAUGGGGUCCCAGGGUUCUCCCAUGUGAUCCUCUUCACUCCAGAAACCAAGUCUUAUGCUUCCGAUAUUACACCACAAUCGCUGGUUGGUCUGCUCUCGGAGAACACCAAUAUCCUUGUAACACUCUCCACCAAACAAACACCUCUUUCCUCACUAUCUGCCGAAUUUUCACUGAUUCCUCCGCCUCCGGGUACACCUCUGGUCUCCCAUCACCCCGCUCGUUCCGAGCCAGCAACCGUCAUCCCCAUACCUGUAUCGGAAUCCCCGCUACUCACCCCUGGCACAUCACCGGUAUGGUUCUCGGGUGUCCCUCACGCGUUUGGCAACAGCCCUUACCUCGUACCCAUCCUCCAUGCAACCUCAGAGAGCUUCGCAGCUGACUCCUUAGACGACUCGGGCGCCGACGCGCUCGUGGAUGCAUCGGAAAAGGCUGGCGAGGGUCUGUGGGCCGGUAGCCACCUCGGCCUCGUCACGGGUUUCCAGACGUUGAAGAACUCCCGUGUUGUGUUCGCGGGCGGCGUCGAGAUGUUCAGCGACGAGUAUGCAAGCAAGGCGUUGCCAGACGGUACGCCUUCGGGGAACGAAAAGUUUGUAAAAGACAUUACGGCAUGGGCAUUCAGGGAGACGCUCGCACUGCGGAUAGACAACACUACCCACCACCGUGCAGGCGAGGAAGUACCUCCAGAAACAUAUACUACCAAUGACCAGAUCGUAUACACGGCACACAUCUCUGCCUAUGAUCCUGAGACAUCGAGCUGGAAGCCUCACUCUGGCAUCACAGACAUGCAGCUCGAGUUCACUAUGCUCGAUCCUCACAUCCGUAUUGCCCUCCCCCCUGUUGCCGAUGAACCAGGAAAAUAUCAAGUCCAGUUCCGCGCACCGGACAGGCACGGCGUAUUCAAAUUCGUCGUCGAUUGGAGACGGAAAGGAUAUCCGCUCCUCCAGACAUCCACUACUGUUCCGGUCGUUCCUCCCAGGCAUGAUCAAUACCCUCGUUUCCUGAGUGCAGCGUGGCCCUAUUACGCGGGUGCUAUCAGUACAAGCGUCGGUUUCUUCCUCUUUUCUGCGCUUUGGCUCGCGGGUGAUGUCGAAGGCAAGAAAAAGAAGGGCUUGAAGACGGAGUAA